UGUUAAUGGGACCUCCAGGGCACUGUGGGUGCAUGUCCUGCUGGCGAUCUACGCGUCGCCACUGCAGAGCCAUGUGGACAGUUCAUCGAUCAAUUGCAGCGAAGCGGUCGACGGCAUGAACAACACUCACUGGACUAUCUACAGAACCCCUGUGAUCGAUGGUAUGUGAGGAAACAGGGGGCGCUUGUUUCCGACACCGGGAGAGCCCGCCGGUGUGUCCGCCCACCCCUCUCUCUGUCACACACACACACUCUCUGCGAGAGACUGCUCAGCGACUACAACCAGCGAGGAGGAGGGAAGAGGAAAGCGGAGCGACGGAGAUGGCGAGCAUCACCAACAUGGGGCCGAGACCGCCGCCGCCGCUGCUGCUGCUGCUGCCGGCGCUGGCGUGGCUCCUGCUGGCCGCGCACACGGCGAGCGUGCGAGGUCUGACCGGCGACGAGGACCAGAACCAGGACGCCGAGUGCAAGAUGAAGAGCGUCACCGUGUCGGCGCUGCCGUUCCUGCGGGAGAACGACCUGAGCAUCAUGCACAGUCCGUCGGCCUCCGAGCCCAAGCUGCUGUUCUCCGUGAGGAACGAUUUCCCCGGCGACGUCGUGGUGGUGGACGACCUGGAGAACACCGAGCUCCCCUUCUUCGUCCUGGAGAUCUCUGGGAACUCAGAGGACAUCCCUCUGGUACGCUGGAGGCAGCAGUGGCUUGAGAACGGCACUCUGCUCUUCCACAUCCACCACCAGGACGGCAGCCUGAACCUCCCGGAACCAACCGAAGACCCCGCCAACGACUCAGCGAAGGAGGAGCUCCGCAUCCUGCACAUCUCCGUCAUGGGCGGGAUGAUCGCCCUUCUGCUGUCCAUCCUGUGUCUGGUCCUGAUCCUCUACACCCGCAGGCGCUGGUGUAAACGCCGCCGCAUCCCUCAGCCCCAGAAGAGCGCCAGCGCUGAGGCGGCUAACGAGAUCCACUACAUCCCCUCGGUGCUGAUGGGCGGCCAGGCCCGGGAAAGCUUGAGGAACUCCCGGGGUCAGGGACCGAACUCCAGCGGCACCCUCAGCAUCCGGGAAACCCCGAUUCUGGAUGGGUACGAGUACGACAUUACCGACCUGCGUCACCAUCUGCAGCGGGAGUGUAUGAACGGUGGUGAGGAAUUUGCCAGCCAAGUCACCCGCACCCUGGACUCCCUCCAGGGCUGCAAUGACAAGAAUCAUAUGGACCUCACACCAGUGUCCCACUUCUCAACAGUGAGUGAUAGCACCAAGCUGGCCUUGAUGAACAAAUACAAGGACAACAUCAUCGCCACGAGUCCCAUCGACAGUAACCACCAGCAGAACACCCUGCUUCCACACAACACCUCCACCAGCCAACGCAAGCGUCUCUCCAGCAACACCCGUGCGGGUUCAACUUUCUUGAACCCGGACGGGGACUCUGGGACGGAGGCAGACAGCGAGCCUCAGCUGGCCUUUUACACCGACCCAAACCGCAGUCGCCGCCGGAGUCGAGGUAUGAGAAACGGUAACGCCAACAGCGCGUGGGGCUCAGGGGCAGGUUCCCCCCGGAGCCCCCUCAAUAAGACCACCCUGACUCUGAUCAGUGUCAUCAGCUGUGUGAUCGGCCUGGUUUACUCCUCCCACCUCGCCUGCAGCCUCGCUGUCCGGGUGAUCCUACAUGUGCCGGAGCACCUCAUCGCUGACGGAUCAAGGUUCAUUCUGCUGCAGGGGAGCCAGUUGGACGCUUCAGACUGGCUGAACCCCGCCCAGAUCAUGCUGUACUACCAGCAGAAUGCCAGCGGGCCCUGGGUCAACGAGCUGUGUGGACGACGCCUCCUGGACCCCUGCGAGCACCAGUGUGACCAAGACACUGGAGAAUGCCUUUGCCUGGACGGCUACAUGAAGGACCCGGUCCACAAGCACCUCUGCAUCCGCAGCGAGUGGGGGCCCAACCAGGGUCCCUGGCCUUACACCAUCUUCCAACGCGGUUUUGAUCUUGUGAUGGGAGAACAACCCUCUGAUCGCAUUUUCAGGUUCACAUACACUUUAGGAGAGGGAAUGUGGCUGCCGUUGAGUAAAAGCUUUGUCAUCCCCCCUGCCGAGCUUGCCAUCAACCCAUCAGCCAAGUGCAAGACAGACAUGACAGUCAUGGAGGAUGCGGUGGACGUACGGGAGGAGUUGAUGAUCAGUUCGUCCUUUGAUUCCUUGGAGGUUCUCCUGGACUCCUUUGGACCCGUCAGAGACUGCACCAAAGACAACGGAGGCUGCAGCCGCAACUUCCGCUGCAUAUCUGACCGAAAGUUGGACUCCACUGGAUGUGUGUGCCCUCCGGGUUUGAGUCCUAUGAAGGAUGGGACCGGAUGCUACGACCACCACAUCGGCAUUGACUGUUCUGACGGUUUCAAUGGAGGAUGCGAGCAGCUGUGUCUCCAGCAGCUGGCCCCUCUGGAGGAUGACCCGACCCUCUAUAAUAUCCAGAUGUUUUGUGGGUGCAUCGAGGACUACAAGCGUGGUCCAGAUGGGAGGUCGUGCCUGCCGCUGUCCGAGGCCUGCACUGAGGGAAUUGACUGUGGGGAGGCGGUGGAUAUUCCCGCUAACCAGACGGUGUUCGGGGACCUUUUCUAUGGAUACAACAACCACACCAAAGAGAGCACGUCCGGACAGAUCCUCAAGGCCACUUUCAGGCAGAAGAACUUUGCCAGAGGCAUCGAGCAGCAGCUCCCAGAUGGCAUGGUGGUGGCAUCGGUGCCAACAGAGGCUCAGUGCCACGAGGAGCUGUCAGACCCUGUGCCCGACCCAGAAUACCUCACAGGCAUGGUGAACUACAGUGAGGUAUCUGGCUACCCCCUUGUUCAGCACUGGAGUCUCCGCUCUGUGCUCUACCACGUCAAACUCAAUCAGUGGGUCCUCUCGCAAGCCUUCAGCUCAGCCAUCCAUUCUUUGGACGGGGCGACGCAGCGGAGUGACUUUGUCUCCAUCCUCAGGGAGUUUGGGAACCAUUAUGUGCAGGAGGCAGUGUAUGGCUUCCAGGAGUCCUGUACCAUCUGGUACCCCAACAAGCAGGUCCAGAGACAGCUGUGGCUCGAGUACCAGGAUAUUAGCAAAGGUAACUCACCAUCAGAGGAGUCAGAGGAGCGCGAUAAGGAGCCCAGGACGCUGACCUACCCUGCGUACGUCGCCAGUCUGCUGGACACGGGUGCAAAGCGCAUGGCGGCCGGUGUCCGUAUGGACUGUACCAGCCAGGGCCAGUGCCCCCGCUCCUGCCACCUCUGCCACAUGAGCCCGAGGGCGGCACAGGGGCGGCAGCAGUCUGAGCCGGUCCUGCUGCAGAUCACCAAGGCCGCACCCAUCUAUGAGCUAGUGUCCAACAAUGAGACAUACCAGUCUCUUCAGGAGGCGAUGAUGAGCAUGCUGUGGUGUUCAGGGAAGGGCGAUGUUAUCGAUGACUGGUGCCGCUGUGAUUCCAGUGCUUUUGGCUCAGAUGGGCUUCCCACCUGUGCUCCACUUCCCCAACCUAUGCUGAAGCUGUCUUUCACCUACGAGCCGAGCAGCUCAUUGGUCAUCCUGGAGUGGAACCACACUGAGCCGCCAAUCGGUGUCCGGAUCGUUGAUUACCUCAUCAGCCAGGAGAAGGUGACAGAGAGGACCGACCACUCCAAAGUUGAGACAGAAACCCUACUGAGCUUUGUGGAUGACAUCCUGUCCGGGGCCAGGUCUCCGUGUGUGAUGUUAGGGGACAUCCCCAACCUGCUGUCCACUUCCGUCAGUAUGAUCAUCCGCUGCCUGGAGCCUGACACCACAUACAUGUUCCGGCUGUGGGCAGUAGACAACACAGGGCGCCGUUCCAGUCCAAGUGAGGUCACCAUCAAAACGCCGUGUCCAACUGUGGAUGACGUCAAAGCACAAGAAAUAGCCGAUAAGAUCUACAACCUGUUCAAUGGUUACACCAGUGGGAAGGAGCAACAGACGGCCUACAACACCCUGAUGGACCUGGGCGCCCCCACGCUGCACCGCGUGCUCUACCACUACAACCAGCGCUACGAGAGCUUCGGGGAAUUCACCUGGAGGUGCGAGGACGAGCUAGGACCCAGGAAAGCCAGCCUCAUCCUGUCCCAGUUGGACGAACUCUCCCCGUGGUGUAAGGGUCUCCUCCAGGAGCCCAAGAUCGGCCUCCGCAGGAUGUCCCUCAAAUUCCUGUCCUGCCGCUACACCGACACCAAGGCUUUUGGGCUGAACUGGUCGGACAUGGGCCAGGACGUGCACAAGGCCUGCGACGAGCAGACGAUCACCGUCAUGUAUAAUGACUACGGUGAGCCCAAGGAGAUCUAGAGGCGAGUUUCAGUUCGGGUGUGCGUGAGGAAUUAGGGAGAUUUGUCAAACCCCAACAAAGAAACAAAGAAAAAUGCAGGUUUUGCAGUUAUUUCCAUUAGAAAAAUGAAAUGACAUGUACAUGUAUUUAUGGUGUCGUAAGUUAAUGCUGAACAUUAUUUGAAAUUCUAUUUACUCUAUUACAGUAUUGGUAAAAUGUGUUCAAACGUCUAAUCAGAGCUUCGAGGUAGGAGAUAGAAAGUUUGAUACUUAUUUGAUAAAGUCUAUUUCUCCCUUGCAAGAGUACCCAAUAUUUUCCCACAAAAACGGCAACACUCGUUCACAGACAUUCUAGACAGGCAUCACAUUGCAGGCAUCUCCUCUCUGCUCUAGUCUGUUGACAUUUCCCGCGUUGCUCAACAGACGUCGCGCGAUUCGUUGCUGUCCCUGGUUGUAGGUCUCUCCAUUCGUGUCCGGAGGCAUUUUGGUCUGCGUCCAUUGGCAACGCCUCUAGGAAAUCGAAAAUCUACCGAGACAUGCGUGAUAUCCGCGGGAGCUCUCAAGACCUUCGGAGCACACCUCCAGCCCUCGAAGCCAAUUUCUAUGUUCCAAUGUUUACAAUUUGACUGUGGCCUGCGCAUGAUUGGCACACGUCACAUUGGAAACAAAGACAGUAUUUUACAAAUGUGAACAGUUUGAGAGAUUGUGAGGGUAGAGGAGAGGGACUGGUGAGCGGCGGUUGUUCUGGUGUGUGUUGGGUGACCCGGGGUGGUCAAAACAUACAGCAACUAAUGCCGGCCUUGCAACUAACGACUUGUCGUAGACAAAUUUCCAUUGCCGGUAUAAAAUCAUGAGAGUUUUGCUCGAGUUGAGGCCAAUCCCGUCACCUCCAUCGUUUGGUGCAAGGUGACGAUCCGAGCUGAUUUAAGUCGGCCUUUAUUUUCGCUUCGUGACUUUCCAAUAAAAUCAGCCGUGUUUGAUAUCAUUGUGAGUUUUUAGUCUUCGCUCAUGCAGGUGGUGACGUGAACAUUGUCUACAACCAAUGGGUGAGCUCUUUCCAGAACCAAACAGGAAGCAGAAAAGCGUGUAGGAGAAUAGGUGCCGCAACAUCGCAUGGAGACUCCGGUGAAACCUCGAAUGCUGCGGUUUUCCAUUGUACCACACACUAGGACACCUAGGGGCUAAAAGCUGCUGGUGACUCUGUGACUAAUGACAAAUUGUCUUUAGAUGUGAGAGGGCGUCAGACUCAAGUCUUUGAAAAGUCUUUGCAGUGUCUUCUCCAAGUCUUCUAGUGUAUGGGAGGCAUUAAACUGUGUGACUGCCUGGUUUCUUUUCACACCUUCUCCUAGAUUCGGAGAAUAAAGAUGAAGCUGCGUAGAUGAGAGAGGAGGGAGUUAUUUCAGUGGUACAGACGCUCACAGUGAACUCUUUAGCGAUAUAACCUGCUGGAUGUAGUGUUGAUAGUUUGUAAAGGAAGCUGUCGCGACAGGGUUUUUACUGAAUGACGGCGUCACAGCUCGGUUCAUUAUCUCGACAAAACCCGUCUCAAAAAUGAUUUGAGACGGGUUUUCUUUCAUCAUUUUGCAGUUUUCCCCUCUUUACCAAUCGAACCGAUGAACUUCAUUAAAAGUGAUAAUUCUGUAUUGAACCUGCAAAUGAAGUGUCUUAAUAUUUUCAUCUGCUUCUCUGCAAUAAUUAUUGAAUACAAACAUCUUUUUUUGACAUUUCCACUAAUGCUGUGCUUUUAUUGUAGUAUAUUUAUAUUUAGCUUUGUUUGACGUCAUUCGUUAUGUUAUAUUAUUACUGUGACGUGGCCAUAUUGGAGAUUGAUGUCUAAGAAAUGCAAAUGCAUAUUAGUUGUUGAUUUUAAUUAUUUUUUCUUCCAAACAAAUCUCAUAUGUGAAUACUAAAAUGAACGCUUGUAGAUUUUUGUAUAGGCAGCAAAGUAUUUCAUAAAUGCACCGCAUUCUGGCACAGUACUGUGUUUUAAAGCAGGUGUUCGAUAAACACAUGUUGUAUAUACAUGUACAACAGGUGAUGUUUUACAACAAUUACUCUAUAUGUGCUUUCGUAGAUACUAUAUUGUACUGUAAUAUCUGCUGUGUAGCUUAGUCUUUGUAAUCAGAUCAACACACUGGCUCCAGUUUUAAUGUGAAGAGCAGGAGGUUUUACCUCCUCUGGUCUGAUUGUGAUCUAAAGACGCUCCUCACUGGACGUUUGUCGCGAACUGUAAGUUGUUGGUGGACGAAAAGGCGAUGGUGUCAUUUGAUCCAACAAAGUAUUAAUAUGAACUUAUUGAUCGUAGUUGAACAUGAGAUGAAUGGGUCGACAAAACUGCGUAAAAGUGUAAAGCAACCCUCAACCAUCUGCAUGAUAUUAUUGUGUCUAUACUGAAUGUGGCAUCAUGAACUUAAAUUUUUUCACUUUGAUCUUUGCUACUUCAAAGAACAAUAAAUACUAUAUUAUGGAAA